AUGUCUCGUGACUCAGUCAACAUUGAUGUCUAUCACAAAGGUGUUUUUUCUCCAAAUCCCUUUGUUUACUUCCAUCCAGAUAAAUUACCUAUUAUGGGGCUAGAUGUACGUAACAUGGAAUUUAAGGAGUUCAAGACCUAUCUCCAAAAAUUGAUCAACAAUAGAUGUCGGGAUAUUAUCUACAUUGAUGACUAUCAUGAACCCUUACUAGAUUGGAUUAAAGAAGAGAAAGCUGAAGAAUGGGACAGUGGUACUGAAACAUAUGAAGAAGAUGUGGACUCGGUAUUGUCGGAUGAUCUAUCGGUGGACCAUGAAGCUGAUGAUGAGGACAUUCAGUGGCCUGAAGUUGUUGAUCCUUUUUUGUCUCAGAAGAAUGUUAUUCAAGAAAGAGACACGGAGGAUGAAGCUCGUGAUAAGGUAAAAAAACAUCCUAUUCAUAAUCCUAACCAAAAAUGGGAUACUAUGAUGCCUGAGUUAGGUAUGAGAUUCUCUGAUUGA